AUGCCCACGAAAUCAUCUGCCUUGAUUACCAAAUAUUUAUCCAAACAGGCUCAGAGCCAACUAAUUCAUGAGUUACUGGACUCUAAGGAUUUCAAAAGUUUAUACGAUAUACUAUCUACACUAGACGUUGAUAAUGAUCUUUUAAAAGAAAAUACCAACCAUAUUUUUGCUAUUUUAAAGGAAACUUUAACAUCUUGCAUGUCUGAAUCUAACGAAAACGUAUAUGACUACGAUGCAAAAUUAAAUACGCCAAUUAACAAUUCUAUCAAUGAUUUGAUUAAUUUAGUAACAGUUUUCCCGUCAUUAAUUAAUAAUCUGAUGAAUUGGGCAUGUGAUAUUUUAGUUGAAUUUAUCACGCGUAACAGUUCAACUUUAUUCAAAAAAGAUAUUUAUUAUAAUUUCAUUAAACCUCACAUUCCACCUGCUCCUGUUUGUUCUUUUGAAAGUCUAGAUAUCAAUGUACUUUUCCAUAUGUUAGAAAGGUUAUUCCUGCUCGACGAGUCCUUGUGUGUUAAGAACAAAUUGUUAGAUACAUUGCUAUUUUUUUUACAAUUAUCAGAAUGGGAAGAAAUUUCUCAAUCCUGCUCUAAAUUAAUGAGAUGGAGAAUCAAAACAAUCAUUGGAAACAUUGAUUCUUCUGUUGCAUCUUCUGAAACUAAAUUAGAUGUUUGGAAAAUCAUCGAAGCAAUUUAUUCUGAGCAUAUUUGCACUGAGACUGGGCCUCCAAAAUGGAUUUUCAAGGCAGUUUUCCUGUUUUGGUUGAGGUAUUUGAUUAAUUGUUCUAGAAUUUCUUGCAAUUUUAUUGAUUUUUUAAAAUCUGAUAGUUAUUGGAACUUUAUUCAGUUGGGUUUAAUCAGUUCUGUCCACGAAUUUAAGAAAAUCGCUUUAUCUGUCUUGAAAAUGACUUUCCAAAAAUUAAAUGAAUGUGAUGUUCCAUUACAAUUUAGCAACGAAUACAUAUCUUACCCCAUUGAUGAUAAAUUACAAAUAACUGCUUGGAAAAAGUUUAUUACCUUGUAUGAAAUCAUUGCUAUUGAUACUGCAUUAAAUCAAUUUGAAGACGCUUCUUCCGACGUUUUAGAACUAUUUGGGAACAAGAAUAUAAUUCAUCCAAACUGGGGCUUGUUAAUUUUGUCUAGUGGUAUGAAAUCAAGCAUGGAAAGUGUUCGAAAAUAUACCUUAAAAUUGAUGUUUGCUAUAAAUGAUAAAUCAAUUUUCACCCAUAAUUUAAAGGAUUUACAAACAAUAUACAUUCCAAAUAUGUUGCAAGCUUCAAAUUUUGUAGUGGUUUCAGAAAAUUUAACAAAUUCUAUAUUGAAUGAGGAUUUAGCAUGUCCCUAUAGUGAUAUAUUAGUUAAUUUUAUUGUUGAACUAAUUCAGGCAUCUCCUUCCCCCAUAUUGUCAACUUUAUUCGAAGUUUUGCAAAAACAAACGAGUGGCUUUGAUCCUGCAAAAAUUUAUUUGACAUAUGGAAUAUACUCUGCUUUACUUAAAAGCAAAAAGAGUAUUAGCUUAGAAAUACAACACCUAUUAUUUCUACCAAAUUUAUUUAGGAGCAACUGCGAGGAAAAAGUGUUUAAAACAACAUGGCAAGUUUUGUUGUUGAAAUUACUUUUGCAUUGCCCUUCAGUUAAUUUGAACAAUUGGAUUGAAAUUAUUGCUGGAUCCAUUAAAGUACAUGGUUAUGAAUAUUUUCAAUUGGUGGCAGAGGAUUUCAGAGAUUAUGCAGUUGUAAAUUAUGGCAAAGGCGAUAUUAAAGAAACAGACGAUAUUAUCCACCAGGUGCUAACUUUUAUCUUAUUUGAUGUUACUCCAAAAUUUAUCAGUGAAGCUUUUUUACUAGAGUUGUGUAAAAUUAGUAUAAAUACCAGACAGUUUGAAACACAAUAUAAUCAGCUUUUAAUGUCCAAAAUUCGAAAUCAUGAGCAAAAUUAUACGAAUGCCUCUUUAAUUUUUGCAAUGAAUAACAGCGGGAGUACAGCAACUGUUUUCACAGACAUUACCUGGAAUUCUAUAGAUUUAAAAAAAUCUAUCGAUAAAAAGACUUUGUUUGACAAAGUUUUCCAAUACGAUAAAUUUGAAUUUUUUGUUGAAUUAUACGGCAAAAUUAGCAAAUAUUCAUAUAACCAGCAAAUUAACGAUUUUAUUAGUUUUGAGGAUAUUAACAAUUAUUACCUCGUCAUUAAGGAUUGUACAGUUUCUAACACUUUGAACUCUAAACAUAAAGACAAAUACUAUAGUAAGCUUUUUGAGUUGCUUGGUUAUUAUUUAACUGUUAAUGCAUUGACUGCAAAUGAAUUAACAGAUUUAAUAGACUUACUAAAGCGAAACUUAAGAGAUAGUAGCGGGUAUUUGUCAAAUUUGAAAAUUGUUGCUAUAAUCAAUUACAUUUUUUCAUCUUCCUAUGUUAGCAACUCGAGUAAGGAUGAUCAAACCGUCCAAGAAUUUUUUAAUAUUUGUGUGGAGAUCUGGGAUUUUGUUUCUAAUGGAAGAUUAGUUUUAAACCAAAGCGCUCUGCACUUAGCUUUAAUUGAUACUAUAUAUCAUUCUACUGUUUUAUCGAGAGCUUUCAAUAAUGUGCAAAUUUCUAAAUCUUUAUUAAAUAUUGGUAAUAAUUUUGUAUUAAGCGCGAUCCCGAGAAGGUCUUUUUUACCAUUAUUAAGUUUUAAACUGAACGAAUUUGUUUGCAAUUUCACUGAAUACAUUACUGUUGAAAAUGGCUCAUGGUUACUUGAUUUGGCCUUGAAUAUUUUCUCCACUGAUCAUGUUGAAUUCAAUAUUUUUAAAAUUAAACCUGUUAUCGCCAAGCUUUUUGACAAACAUUUAAAAGUUUAUAUUCCUGGGGGAUUAUAUGAGAUGGUUUAUGGUCCUGAGGAAGUUUCAUAUAAAGUGAACAUAAUCAGUUUAGUUGUUAGAUUGCCCUCUGUUUACCAGAAUUAUAUGAUGUGCCAUGUUUUUGAGAAUGAUAUUAACAUUACCAAGCCAAAAAAAAGAACAGAUGGCCCAGAAAAUUUAAUAAGAUUAGAAAAGUGGCAGCUAAUGUUAUUGCUUUUACCUAAUGUCGAAUUAAAUGUUUUAAGUGAUGUGGUGGCCGAUAAAUUAAUUGGUAUUCUUAAAAAUGAUGAACCUUCCCCAUUAUGUAGAAUUUGUUGUGAAUGGAUUUGUGCGUAUGAAAUUUCCAGAAAUAAGGGUAAAACUAGAAACUUGAAAACUAUCCAGAAUUUAUUAGUAGAUCAUUCCAAACCGGUUUUAGUUGUUAGUGCCACAAGAGUCUGUUACAUGGCUAUUAAGAGCAUCAAAUCUGAAAACAUUACAAAUUUUGAUUUCAAUCUACUAAAUGAAUUCUUGAGUUAUUUAAUUACCAACAGUACUUCAAACAAGCCAGCUAUAAGACAUUUUUCUAGCUCUCUAAUGUUAUCCGUUUGGCCAGAUUUUCAGGAUGUUAUAACUCUUGGUGAUAAAACCUUAUCAAAUACUGUAGAGAACUUAUAUUUGAAUGCUAAAAAAACACAGAUUCAUGGCCAGUAUAGAACAGGGGAUGCCAACAUUUGGGAUAUUGUUAAGGAUCUAAACUUGACUAGUAUCUUUGGUGGCACUUUGUUAAAAGUUACUGACCAUGAUGUUCCAUAUAUUAGGGGAAAAACUUUCAAAAAGUAUUUAACAUCGAAUUACAAUGAAGCUAAAUUCAUGCCAAUUGGUAAAGAUGAGUAUGGUUUAUGGCUGGGAAAAAGAGACUCGAUUAAAAAGUCCUUAAGAGAAUCGAAAAAGGAAAUAAUACUUACUAGCGAACAAAAUAAGGCUUCGCCAUUGCAAACCAAAAGUGGUGCAUGGGAAACUGUUUUAAAUAUUGACAAUAAUACUGAUGACAUGAGAAAUAGCGAUGCUAGUAAUAAGAUUGAACGUAGCGAUUUAAUUGUUGUAGCGUCUCUAGUAGACAAACCUCCCAAUUUAGGCGGUAUUUGUAGAUUAUGUGAUGUUUUGGGAGUUGGUUUAUUAACUGUCAAUGACAUCAGAGUGAAGACACAUCCUCAGUUCAAAAAUGUUGCUGUUACCGCUGAUCAUUGGAUGCCGAUGGAGGAAGUAAGAAUCGAUAAUAUUGUUCAAUUUAUGAAAUCAAAGAAAGCUGAAGGCUAUACUUUAAUAGGUUUGGAACAAACCGAUGAAAGCAUUAAAUUGGAUAAUAACUACAAAUUCCCGCCAAAAUCCUUAAUCUUGUUGGGCACCGAAGCAGAAGGUAUACCUGGGGUUUUAUUAGGCGAACUAGAUUUAUGUUUAGAAAUCAAACAGUUUGGUGUUAUUAGAUCAAUGAACAUCCAAACUGCCACUGCAGUUAUAGUUUACGCCUAUACUAUACAAAAUAUGUAA